UUGUGAGUUCUCGGCAGUUGUAUUCUUGUGAUCUCGAGCAAUGGCUCAUCUUCUUGGCGUGAUUGUACUAGUGGGUCUCUUGAGUGCAGUGGGAGCGAAGCCCGCUACUUCUCUCCACAGGGAUCGGCGAUUCCUCAUUGUUCCCCCAACAGCUCCCACACGGCAUCAAUUUAUUGCUGGCAUUGGUAUUCCCGUGGAUCUCCAGAGUGUUGCCAUAACGUCGGGAUAUGUGUUCAAGGCGCAGUACUUUCUGCCCACACAGGGCUCUGAUUGGCGUCCCAGUGAAGACACAUGGCAGCACGAUUGGAGGCGAAAGAGGGAUCUUACGGAGGCUACAGCUGCAAAAGUGGAGAACUACACAGCUAAUGAGAUCCUAAUUGAAGAGUCCACAGAUCCUCCAGGUGAGGACAUCGAGGAUCUCUCGUUCCUCGAUGAUGAUUACCCGUAUGAUGAGGAGAAAGCCACCAAAGAAGCAACAGAAGCUUUCUGGGGAAAACCACCCGAAGAAGAAGAUGAAAAUUAUGGAGAGAAAUCCCGUUGGAAUACCUACAAAGGACUCGAAGCUAUUGUCGCAAAAAGUGGCUUCGAUGGACGAUCCUGUAUCCUGAGAUCGAUCUGUGAGGCUGCCCUGAGACCUUUCAGUGGUAAAAGUGGUAUCCUGGCUGAAUUGCUCAACAUUGUUCUCUCUCCAUCAACAACCAACGACAAGAUCUCCGAGCAUUCAGACAAUGAGUACUUCCACGCGGAAAAGCAGGGAAAAUUGGGUGCUCCCUGUGGGGAAAUCUUCAAAAAUUGUCCCGUAUCUAUCCUGGAUAUUUUCACAGCUGUCCCAGAAGCUCUAAAUGAAGUUGUGAAGAAGAAAUUGGAAUAA